GAACUUGUUCCUCUCGUACCCCCACUGUGACUUGACUUCAUCCUCGCGAACGCGCUCGUAGCCCGUAUUGCCUUGUUAAUCGAUACAAAUGACGCGUUUAGGACCAUUACAGGAGCUUCCACUGGAGAAUUUCUUAUUCCCUGACGACAACGUGCGUCUUCCGCUCCGUCGACCGCACAAGCGGCCUCUUUCCCCCGGUGGCCCAUCGCCUCGCACACCUGCCAAACGACGCGUCGUCAACUUCGAUACGACCCGUUCUCCAGUCAAGAUGGACAGCCCACCCUCCGCAUCCUAUGGCGGCAGCAGGUUCGCUCCCAUGUACUUCAGUGCGUUGCUGUCGGGCCCGGACAGUCCCGCGAGGAGAUUGGACUUCAGCACGCCCAAAGCUAGCCGCCUCAGUACAGUGCUUACAGAUGAGAUGGACACCCCCAAGGCGAGCGCGUCUGUCGCAUCUUCUACGCUCGCACCUUCCCCGACUCUCCUGGAUCCGAACCAGUAUAGGGCCAAACCGUCGCUUCAAAUGACAGUCCAACGCGACAACACGGUUGACGGUUGUUCAAAUGGAUACGUAGCUGUUUUAUCGUCGCCUACGCCUCAACCUCGUGCGAUCCCUCGCCGGCUUAUUCCUCCCGACCCUCAGUCUAUACACUAUCCAGGAUUCGUUGUCUAUCAAGACCCAUACGAGGAGGCGCCGAGCUCUGCAGCAGAUCGUGGGAACGAGAAGGGAGAUGACUGCCCCACAUCUGUGGCGGCAAAGCUAGAGAAGGAGGCUGACAAAGAGAACCACGGGCCUCGAAAGAAAGCGCACAAAUCGACUGCAGUACCUGCCGUCCCUGGUGCUGCAGCGUGGGCGAAGGCUGGGUUGGUGCCUCCUGCAGUGCACCUGGAGGAACCAGGCGAGAUGGCGAAAUCGACCCUUCUCACUCCCCGUAUGAAGGGCAUCUCUCUACGCUCGGGUGGUGGAGAUGAGCCGCUCGCACCUACGCGGAGGAGUCAAAGGCUCAUUGAGCAGAAUCACACCUCCUUGCUGAAAGCUAGUGCUAGCAGGGCGUCACUCAGCAAAGAAGAGAGGAAGGCGAGGAGAAAAGCUAUGGAAAACGAAGCUGAGAACGGUGUGGAUGGUUUUAUCUUUUAACCCCAUCGCUACGUGACAUAGUCUGCCGCUACGGACUGCCCUAACAUAUCUACCGAAUCUCUGCGCCAUAUAUUCACGCUAUCUAGCCGCUAUCUAGUCUCAUACUGCUGCGGUCUAGUCCCAUACUGCUUCAUCCUAUCCGAUCACAUAGGAUUGUGCAUUGCCACUCGUUCGCUUCUGAUUUCAUCUAUCCUGUUUGCUCUCACGUACCGUAUUGCUUAAACAUGUCAUGACUAUAUCAACAAAGUACGUACGGAAGAAAUGAUAUUUUACUUGCAAACAUAUGAGCAUUCGC